AGGGCAUGCGGAGCCUGUCCCGCCUUAGUCUGCCAGGGGAGGGGCUGGGGGACCAGGUCCUGGAGGUUGGGGUGUGUGUGUGUUUGGACAGGACUGGGGUUUGGGGUGCCGGUUGGAAGAGAUGGGAGGAAUGAAGCUAAGUGAGGCCCAAGGAAUUCCCUCUAAACAGGUUGGCCUGAGGGCUGUGACCUUAGCUCCUGGAGCCUGGACAGGGACAGGGCUUGUGUGGAGUUGGCUCCGAGCCCCUGGGUGAAGCACAAAAUAUCUGGGGUGCAGCCAAAGGGGAUAGUUGAGAAAGAAAUGCUGAGUUCUCCCCUCACCCCAGCCUCCCCUCUCCUCUGAGCAGAUCAUGAGCCAUCAGCUUCUCUGGGACAGGCCGUAGGACGACAAAACUCUCAACACAGGACCAAGUGCACCAAGUACCAUGGGACAGUGUCGGUCAGCCAAUGCGGAGGAUGCCCAGGAAUUCAGUGACGUGGAGAGGGCCAUUGAGACCCUCAUCAAGAACUUCCAUCAGUAUUCGGUGGAGGGUGGGAAGGAGACGCUGACCCCCUCCGAGCUACAGGACCUGGUCACCCAGCAGCUGCCCCACCUCAUGCCGAGCAACUGUGGGCUGGAAGAGAAAAUCGCCAACUUGGGCAGCUGUAAUGACUCUAAACUGGAGUUCGGGAGUUUCUGGGAGCUGAUUGGAGAAGCAGCCAAGAGUGUGAAGCUGGAGAACCCUGUCCGGGGGAGUUGAAAAGCUUCCCCUGGAAUUGGAGGGGGAUGCUGGGGAAAGGGGACUUUAAAGCCUAUGGGCUUGGAAAUAAAACUCCUCCCCACCCCCCUACACUAUUCCCAAGCCCCACCUGCCUCACCUCUGCAAGGUUCAGGUCCAUAAUGGCCCUGCCAGGGGCCUCUAUGCAUUUCAUCCCUGGGAGCUCCCAGGAGCUAAUGGGUCCAGUAGUGCCCUGUCAGAGGAAGGCUCCGGGGCGAGUUGGGGCCAGGGAUGGAUGUGGAGGGAUGCUGGAGGGUUGAGGAUGGUGUAAGGGCCUGAUCAUUUGGUGAUGGGGGAAGGGCAGUGAGGAGCUGGGCUACGUGAAGUAAUCUGAAGGGGGUGGGAAUAAGGCUGGAUAUUUGUUAUGAAAAAGGGUCUCUAAGAACCUACCCCUCCUAAUCUCUUUCCCAACCCAAACUGUAGCUGUCUGUCCAGUGCUACCCCUCCCUGCCUCUUCUUCUGCCCCAGCCUGCUCCCAGGACUUGUCCCUGGGCUGGGGAGGGGAAAAGAGAGAGAGCAGGCUGGGGGAGAGGCUGAGGAGGGUGACUUUGGGAGCGAGAGAACGAGCUGGGUGCUUGGGCAUUUAAAAAAUGAUGAUUGUUUUGUAUCAUUUGAUUAAUAAAAAAAUGGAAAAAGUGAAA